AUGGCCGAUGACGCUGCCGCCAAGAGAAGGUCGCGGCCAAUGCUCAAGCUGCUAUUCCUGCCGUCGUGUUGGCCUGGUCAAGUGGUGGUAGCUAAUGAGGACUUUGCGGCGUUAUCAGCGAAGGCUGACAUUCUUGAUGAUGUGGGACAUGCUACUAUGCCGUUUGAUCGUGUCAAACCACACCAUGGGCUUCAUUCAUUUAAACCUCGAUUAUUAGUUCACAGUAAUCGCAGAUUAACACUCCCCCUCCGGGCUCCGGCCAUCCUAUCCCAUUCCCAGCUACACCGCCCGUGCCGCGCAUGCGCAAGGAAGAAGAUGAUCCUCGCGGUGCUGAUCGCCGUCCUGGCAUCUUCUUCGGCGCGGCCGGCGACGGCGGCGACGGCGAUGCAGCCGAGGGACACGUGCCUGCGGCGGUGCGGCGACAUCGACAUCCCGUACCCGUUCGGCGUGGGCAGCGGGUGCCACCUCGAGACCGGGGACUGGACCUUCUCGCUCAGCUGCAACCGCACCGGCGACGGGCGGCACCGGCUGUACAACUACCAGAUCGAGGUGCUGGACAUGUCGGUGCGGCGCGGCCAGCUGCGCAUCUACAGCCUCAUCAACCCGUGGUGCUACAACGCCACCACGCGCGCCAUGAACGACCAGAACAACUGGUGGUACAACAUGGACAUCACCAACUUCCGCAUCAACGACGCGCUCAACCGCUUCACCGUCAUCGGCUGCAACUCGCUCGCCUACAUCCGCUCCCUCAACGACACCGCCGACCGCUACAUGACCGGCUGCAUGGCCAUGUGCCCCGGCGUGGGCCGCCUGGAGAACGGCUCCUGCGCCGGCGUCGGCUGCUGCCAGACCGCCAUCCCGUCCGGCCUCAACGGCUACCAGAUCUCCUUCGAGGAGAAGUUCAACACCUCCGGCACCGCGGGAUUCAGCCCCUGCAGCUACGCCGUGCUGCUCGAGGCCGCCGCCUUCGACUUCCGCACCACCUACAUAACCACCGACGAGUUCAUGGCCGCCAACGGCAGGCAGGUGCCGCUGGUGCUCGACUGGGCCAUCGGGAACAAGACGUGCGAGGAGGCCGGGCGCAACUCGUCGGCCUACGCCUGCGUCAGCAGCAACAGCGAGUGCGUCGACUCCAAGUACGGACGGGGCAAGGGGUACCUCUGCAACUGCUCCGCCGGCUACGACGGCAAUCCCUACCUCCUCGACGGCUGUCAAGGUACACGUCUUCCCUUGUGUUGGUUGCUUGUUUCCACUGCCGCGAGUUCACUUCAUGGUGAUUCAUGCAUGCCCGGCCGUUUUGAUCGCCUUGUCCUCGCAGAUAUCAAUGAGUGCCAAGACGAACGGUACCCCUGCUCUGUUCCGGAUACGUGCGUCAAUACCAUCGGAGGAUACAGCUGCGUUUGCCCUGAGAAGACAUCAGGCAACGCAUACAACGGAACAUGCGAGAAAGACAAGUCUCAGAUUGGGUGGGAGAUCGCCAUUGGAGUCAGCAUCAGCGUGAUCGUACUGAUAGCCACCGCUUCCUGCGCCUACAUGAUCUACGCCAAACGGAGGCUGGCCAAGAUCAAGAGAGAGUACUUCGAGCAGCACGGGGGCCUGACGCUGUUCGACGAGAUGAGGUCGAGGCAGGGGCUGUCCUUCAAGCUCUUCACCCAGGAGGAGCUGGAGGAGGCGACGGGCAGGUUCGACGAGCGCAACGUGAUCGGCAAGGGGGCCAACGGCACCGUGUACAAGGGAACCACCAAGGACGGCGACCUGGUGGCCAUCAAGAAGUGCCGGCUCGCCAGCGAGAGGCAGCAGAAGGAGUUCGGCAAGGAGAUGCUCAUCGUGUCCCAGAUCAACCACCGCUACAUCGUCAAGCUCUACGGCUGCUGCCUCGAGGUGGAGAUCGCCCACCAGACCGCCGAGGCGCUCUCCUACCUGCACUCCUGGGCCUCGCCGCCCAUCCUCCACGGCGACGUCAAGACGUCCAACAUACUCCUCGACGCGGACUACACGGCCAAGGUCUCCGACUUCGGGGCGUCCACGCUGGCGCCCACGGACGAGGCGCAGUUCGUCACCUUCGUGCAGGGCACCUGCGGGUACCUGGACCCGGAGUACAUGAGGACGUGCAAGCUCACCGACAAGAGCGACGUGUACAGCUUCGGCGUCGUCCUGCUGGAGCUGCUCACGUGCAGGAAGGCGCUCAACCUGGAGGAGCUCGAGGAGGAGAAGUACCUCUCGUCGCAGUUCCUGCUGGUCCUCGGGGAGAACAGGCUGGAGGAGAUGCUAGACCCCCAGAUCAAGCGCGAGCAGAGCAUCGAGGUGCUCGAGCAGGCGGCGGAGCUGGCGAAGCGGUGCUUGGAGAUGCUGGGCGAGAACAGGCCGUCCAUGCGAGAGGUUGCGGAGGAGCUUCAUAGGUUGAGCAAGCUGGCCCAGCAUCCAUGGGGGCCGCCGGAUUCUGCGGAGCUAGUGGAACUGCUGCGUGGAUCACCGUCGCCGACCACGUACUCUGGCCACUCUGGGUCUGGGGUAGAGCUUAGUAGCACUAGGAAUGUCAGUUUCACUGACACGGCGUACAUAGGAAUUCAGUCCCCGCGUUGA